AAAAAAGUGCCAUGUAUCAGCAACACAGAGAAUGAUACGAUUGAUUUUCCAAGUAUUCAACAUAUGGUAGAAAUGGCACACCAAAAAUUUAGUUAUCAAGAGCAAGAACAGGAAGUACGUUCAUUUGAAUUUACCUGUGAUGUGACAAAAGACCUCGAUUUGUUCUCUGUAUUUGAUUUAAUUUGUAUAAACAAAUCUAUGAAUGAAGUCAAGUUGUUGCAAAUCACACCAGCUGCUGUUUAUUUGAUACCUCCAAAAUCCACAUACUUAAUGGGUUCAAUGACAAGUAGUUUAAAUCAAUUAGGUACAUAUGCUCAAGUUCAGAGCAUUGGAGGUGCUGAUCUUAUUAUCAUGGACCCUCCAUGGCCAAACAAAAGUGUAAAGCGAUCGUCUCAUUAUGAUACCCAAGACAUAUAUGAUUUAUACUCUAUUCAAAUGCCAAAACUAAUGGCAGAAAACGAUUGUAUUGUAGCCAUUUGGGUCACAAACAAACCAAAAUUUCAUAAUUUUAUUAUCAACAAAUUGUUUCCUACAUGGAAACUAGAAUGUGUCGGUGAAUGGAUCUGGUUAAAGACAACAACACAAGGCGAAUGUAUAUUUCCUAUUGAUUCUGAACAUAAAAAGCCCUAUGAGCAAUUGAUAAUAGGUAGACCUAUGAGGCAUCCUGAUAUGAACACACGCAAGUCUUUACCAAGAUCCCAUACUAUUAUCAGUGUGCCCAGUGUAAGACAUUCAAGAAAGCCUCCUCUUGAAGAUGCAUUACUCCCUUAUAUAAACAAAAAAGACCCCGUAUGUUUAGAGUUAUUUGCUCGACAUCUGAGUCCUGGAUGGAUCAGUUGGGGUAAUGAAUGUCUAAAGUUUCAACACCUUAAUUACUUUGACAAACCCAUUGAAUAAAAGAAAAAAGUAAAGAUCACAAUGCCCUUAUGAUACUGAGCUUUUCUUUUAGAAAAAGAACAUAUUGUAUGAUUAAACAAUAGAGUUGCUGGUUUUUAUGCAUCUACUUUGAUUCCCGCUUCUUUGUUGCAUGAUGACAGCUCGUAACUGUCAUUAGAAUAGCUUCUGUAUUUAGAUACAUUUAUAAACCAAGUUCUUAAUAAAAAGAGAGGGAAACUUGCUCCUUGAUGAC